UCUUCCCCAGCGCUCAUCAUUCUCGAGGGCUUUCGCCCAAUCUCAAAAAUUUCCGCAACAAUGGGACAACAAUCGCACAGAGGGGACACCUGACCACGCCACGCCACCGACGCACAUCUCGGCACUCAUCAAAACAAUCAGCAAGGUCAAGGCCCAUGCAUGCAUUAGCGCCGUGGCGUCGCCUGCCGGGAAAGAAUGCCCCGGAGACUGCAGCGCCAAGCAACGUGGGUGGACGGGAUAUUCUCCGCAUCCCCGAACUUUUUUUUUUCCACCUCGUUUGCAGUCCGGGGUUUAGCAUGGGACGGGUCACUUAGUUUGAAACCUAAGCGAGAUCAGAACGGACUGCAGCGGACUCUAUCCGUAGUUUCUUCCCUCUCGCACCAUUCCGGAUCGGCAAAGGAUGGACUGAUCCGGACUUUUCUAAUUCUGCAGGAUGGAGGGGACCCCCCAGGCACCGGAGAUGACGAUGGUCUGUGCGUCUCGAUGGGAAAUGCCGUGACGGAUUUGUCUCCGCGUCGUGUUGGUUGGGCCGGGCCCCCUAUUGCUUCAUGCUCAGGAGAGUCAGCGCUGGCUGUGUGUACUAUGAAGCGGCUGGCGGCCCGAAAGGCCGUCUUUUGCGUGGUUGGAGGUGAUGUCGUUCUUGACAUCGUUUCACUGCGGAGUGUAGAUCUGGCUAUAUGGCUCCUUGUUGGGGGGUAUAAGUUCAAGGAGGAAUGCUCCUUGGAGGAGGAGGAGAACAACAAGUCAACAGCCUAGCUUCGUUUUGUGUUGCAAUCAUGAGAUUCUCCGUAUGGGCACUGCUUCUUUCCCAGGUUUGGGCUGCACCGCAGGCUAAACGUUCCUCCAAUUUUCUCUGGCUGGGUAGCAAUGAGUCGGGCGCCGAGUUCGGCCAGGCCAACAUCCCCGGGAAGUUGGGGACAGACUACAUCUGGCCUGAUGCCGACAAGAUCAAGGUCCUGGUCAACGCGGGCAUGAACAUCUUCCGCGUUCCGUUCAUGAUGGAGCGGUUGAUCCCUACACAACUGACUGGGGCAGCGGAUGCCACCUACAUGGCGGAUUUGAAGGCUGUAUGUUUCAGUUUCUCGUCUAAGCUGGUCGUAUACUGA